CCCUCUGAGCUGUCAGGACACCGACCACAUGAAGCUGCGCUUGCCACCGUCACCACGUCUGUCUGACAGUCACCACGUCUGUCUGACCGUCACACUGCCGGGGUCGCCACGCUCACCUGGACACUACGUUGUCAUGGCGCGUUUGGCAUUUAUGUUUGUGGUCAUCGUCCAACACGUUUAUGGAAAUCCUCCUCUGAUUCCUCUGUCAGUCAAAGACGGCUGCUCGCUGGUGUCUACAGAGCUGAACAUUUUGAGAGUGGAGGGCGAGGCCAUAAUCCUCUUAUUCCCCAUGUUUGAGACCGUGCUCCGAGAACACAACAUUGCCCUCCCAACAGCGAAGUACCUCAUCACCAAGGACAACGGGCCAGAGGGCGCGGCCUAUCACAGCGAGGGGCGCAUUCAGCAGCAUAACAACCAGCUGUGGUUCCUCCCAGCUCAGGCUUCAGACUCAGGGGAAUAUAUCUGUUCUUACAGAAAUGAAACCUACUGUGUAACUGGGAGUAUCAGGCUGCAGGUGUAUGAGUCAAAUGCCGUUGACAUGGAGAAAGUGUCAUAUCCAGUCCGAGCCGUGGUUGGAGAGAAUCUGAGACUCUCAUGUCCAUCUCUGAGUCACUUCAACAAGACGGGAAGACGGAUCGAGUGGCACAAGGACUCCAGUCCCACCUCGCCUCGGCCGGGCAGAGCGAGCUCCUUCAGCCAGAACAGAGGUAAACUCAUAAUCCCCACUGUGAGGCGGUCCCAUGCAGGUGUCUACACCUGUCAGCUCAGAGCGCUAAUCAACAACCAGUCGUACAAAGUCAGCAGAACCAUCGUGCUCCGUGUAGAAGAUUGGGAGCCUGAAGUCACUGAACCUGACCUGUUGUCAACCUCUGACCCUGGACCGAUCAGCAGCAGCACUGCCAACACGCCGAUGAUUCGACCUCCUGUGAUCGUGUCCCCGCUGAACGGCUCCAUCUUUGAAACUUCACAUGGUUCAGCACUGGAGCUGUCGUGUACGGCGCUCACUGAGUGUCAAACAGCUGACUCCACUGUGGUCACAUGGCUGGUCAACUACCAAUCAGUGGAGUCAUCAUACCUCGAUGGGCGGGCUCUGCAGGGAGGAAGGAGGGUAACCAGAGUGUCUGAUGGCUGCCACAUUGAGAUGAGGCUCAUUGUGGUCGAGAUGACAGAACAAGACGUGAAAACGGUGCUGAAGUGUGUCGCUCAGAAUCGAGGAGGGAGACAGGAAGUGGUCGCACAGCUUCAGCUAGAAGACUCCACAUUUACAUGGCUGGUGGUAGCUGCGGUGGGCGUGUCCUGCUUCCUGUCUGUGGUCUCUGCUUUCCUGUACGUCCUCUUCAAACCUAAAAGGAAAAAGAAGAUGGAUUACAUUCUGGCUCGACAGAACAGCACCUUCUAACACCGACCUCCUUUAAUGUGUUUCAGUAGUCUGUCUUGCACUGUGUGCAUGUGAAGUCGUGCAGUGACAUCACCAGGAUGCGUUCAGGGUCCAACACUCCUUUUACAGAGACUUAAUGUUUGUAAGUCAGCAGCUACAUUCAGCUCCAGUAAUGUGCUGUUAGUCAGUGUCCGUCAUGUCUUUAUUCUCCAAUGAGCGUUAUUCAGCGAUGUGUUAUUGCUUCAAUAAUGAGGCAUCUGUUUUAUUUAAGUAUUAUUUUACAGCCGUAACUUUUCUUUCAUGGAUCCAUGUCGAACCUGAGGCAUAAAUAUCCUGCUGGAAUUUAACCCAAAACUAUAUGUGGACAAAUUCAGUUCAGUCUUCUGUAACAUCUGCGUCCACGUGUCCAACACACAGUUCAAUAUGAGGUCGUUCAAACACUCCGUCAGAUGAUGUGUUCAGUGACCACGUCAGUCCAACACUGUCAGAGACAUUUAUAAAGUCACAAACACAAAGGAGGAAGAUUAUUAGAAACACCUCUCACUGACUCGUUCACAGCAGCAAUUAAUCAGUCAGUUUCCAACUAUUAAAUUAAUCAACUCAUUUGAUAAUUAUUUAAUUUCUCAGACUGAGUAUUUCCUGGUUUCUUUCCUCUGUGACAGUAAACUGAACAUCUGUGAGGACGUCAUUCAGAGAAACAUUUUAUAGAUGAAACAUUUACUGAUCAAAACAAUCGACAAUUAAUCAACUAUGGAAAUAAUCGUGUGUUGCAUCCCUCUUACAAGCACAGAGACAAUAUUCACACUGGUGGUGAUACCAUCCUGUUGAUAGUCUGAUACCAUCCUGUCGAUGGUCGGAUACCAUUUUGUUGAUAGUCUGAUACCAUCCUGUUUAUGGUCUGAUACCAUCCUGUUGAUAGUCAGAUACCAUCCUGUUGAUAGUCAGAUACCAUCCUGUUGGUAGUCUGAUACCAUCCUGUUGAUAGUCUGAUACCAUCCUGUUUAUGGUCUGAUACCAUCCUGUUGAUAGUCAGAUACCAUCCUGUUGGUAGUCACAUACCAUCCUGUUGAUAGUCAGAUACCAUCCUGUUGAUAGUCAGAUACCAUCCUGUUGGUAGUCUGAUACCAUCCUGUUGAUAGUCUGAUACCAUCCUGUUUAUGGUCUGAUACCAUCCUGUUGAUAGUCUGAUACCAUCCUGUUGAUAGUCAGAUACCAUCCUGUUGAUAGCCUGAUACCAUCCUGUUGAUAGUCACAUACCAUCCUGUUGAUAGUCAGAUACCAUCCUGUUGAUAGUCAGAUGCCAUCCUGUUGAUAGUCUGAUACCAUCCUGUUGAUAGCCUGAUGCCAUCCUGUUGAUAGUCUGAUACCAUCCUGUUUAUGGUCUGAUGCCAUCCUGUUGAUAGUCUGAUACCAUCCUGUUUAUGGUCUGAUACCAUCCUGUUGAUAGUCACAUACCAUCCUGUUGAUAGUCAGAUACCAUCCUGUUGAUAGCCUGAUACCAUCCUGUUGAUAGUCACAUACCAUCCUGUUGAUAGUCAGAUACCAUCCUGUUGAUAGUCAGAUGCCAUCCUGUUGAUAGUCUGAUACCAUCCUGUUGAUAGCCUGAUGCCAUCCUGUUGAUAGUCUGAUACCAUCCUGUUGAUAGCCUGAUACCAUCCUGUUGGUAGUCAGAUACCAUCCUGUCGAUGGUUGGAUACCAUCCUGUCGAUAGUCAGAUACCAUCCUGUCGAUAUUCAGAUACCAUCCUGUCGAUAGUCAGAUACCAUCCUGUUGAUAUUCAGAUACCAUCCUGUUGGUAGUCAGAUACCAUCCUGUUGAUAGUCAGAUACCAUCCUUUUGAUAGUCAGAUACCAUCCUGUUGAUAUUCAGAUACCAUCCUGUUGGUAGUCAGAUACCAUCCUGUUGAUAGUCAGAUACCAUCCUUUUGAUAGUCUGAUACCAUCCUGUUGGUAGUCAGAUAGCAUCCUGUUGAUAGUCAGAUACCAUCCUGUUGGUAGUCAGAUACCAUCCUGUUGAUAGUCAGAUGCCAUCCUGUUUAUAGUCAGAUACCAUCCUGUUGAUAGCCUGAUACCAUCCUGUUGGUAGUCAGAUGCCAUCCUGUUGAUAGUCAGAUACCAUCCUGUUGGUAGUCAGAUACCAUCCUGUUGAUAGCCUGAUACCAUCCUGUUGGUAGUCUGAUACCAUCCUGUUGAUAGUCUGAUACCAUCCUGUUGGUAGUCAGAUACCAUCCUGUUUAUAGUCAGAUACCAUCCUGUUGAUAGUCAGAUACCAUCCUGUUGGUAGUCAGGCUCGCAAGCUGCUGUGUUGGACUGCAUUAGAUUUUACAGUAUAUAUUUACAGUUUAUUUUUUAAAAUGCAGUAAAGCUCUCAGGGAAACAUCUUGUACGGUAAAAGUAGAAAGUUAAGUCUGUUUUUAAAUGUCUGACCAUUUAUAUAUCAAAUCUGAAUAAAGGAGUGAUGUGUGAAAAA